CAAAAACAAAGUUUAUUUUAACAAAAUAUGAUAUCACUUUUUUUCUCUUCAUUUUGUCCAUAACGCAGGGGGUGGUUUAGGGCGGGGCUACACGCUGAUUGACAGGUCGCUGAAGGACCAUAAAUCGGCAGGGUAUGCUUUGGGCGGGGCUUAUUGUGAUUGACGGGUAUCUUAAAAGCGGAAAUGAAAGGUCCUGUUUACGUGUGGUUAAUUGUCUUUGCGGUCCUCCACGUGGUGCCGCUGCUGUCGCUUCAUAGUAAAACACUCGCGCAGGUCGGCGGGAGCGCGCAUGGGUCUGAGAGGCGUGUGACCCGGAUGCGCGCGGACCGCACCACAGCUCCACUUCGACUCCGCACGCCGGAGCGUCCCGGUGCUUCUCCCGAGCGGGGACCUUCGGUUCGGUCCGUCGGACUUUUCAAAAGUUUGAUUCUGAGGAUUUUUGUUCGCAUUUAACGAUCAUUGAAGUCUUUCUGGCUCGUGCGUAAAGCUGCCGAACCAGACGAAGAAGAAUAAACUAUAAGACGGCAGACAGCACCUGACCACGCGAGCCGCUUCCAGGUGGACCGGAUGACGUAGGAUGUCCUUUACGCACCGGCUCGCGCUGCUGCUGCUCGGCGUCACGUUCAUCCACACGCAGGUUAAUGGAAAGUUAACUCACUGCCAGUUCCAGUGGGAGAUGCAGAGAGCGAGGAGGGAGUGUGACACGCUGCUGCAGCGCGCACACACACAGACACACACAGAUCAGAGACGAAGCGACGGCUCCAACCAGCAGGAAGCUGUGAGUCCACUUCGUAGCUCUAAUGUGUGCGUGUGUGGUUCAGGAUGUCUGGGCGAGUGGGACAAUGUCUCCUGUUGCCAGAGGGCGGCGGUCGAGGAGGUGUUGACUCUCCCGGGUCCCCCCCUCCUCGUCAGCCUGUUCGGCAACAACGGUAACCUGAGCAGGACCUGUACAGAGACGGGCUGGUCCGACGUCUCCCCCCCCAGCAUCACCUGCUGGUUCAACAGCACGGACGAGCCCAGCGAGCUGGUGUUCUACACUGUGGUGAAGAUCUUGUCCACUCUGGGCCACAGCCUGACCUUCAUCACUCUGCUCACCAGCACCGUGAUCAUCUGCUUGUAUAGGAAGCUGCACUGCACGAGGAACUACGUCCAUCUCAACCUGUUUCUGUCCUUCAUGCUGCGAGCCGCCGCCGUGCUGAGUAAAGACACACUGCUGUUCUCUGGGGAGCAGAACGCCGAGUGUAGCGCACAACCCUCUCUGGUGGGCUGUAAGGUCGUCCUGGUGUUCUUCAACUACUUCGUCAUGGCAACUUUUCUGGCUGCGGUGGAGGGUCUGUACCUCACACGGUGGUGCUGGUUUCCGCAGUUACUCCACCCGCCUCUCCUGUACCUGCUCAUCGUCUGAGGAAUCCCGCUGGUGUUCAUGGCGGCGUGGAUCGCGUGUCGCAUUAACCUGGAGGACACGCAGUGCUGGGAGAUGAACGAGAACCCGAUCGCCAACCGACUGAUGAACUGGCCCAUCAUGGCGUCCGUCAUGAUCAACUUCGUCCUGUUCGUCAGCAUCAUCCGCAUCCUGGUGCAGAAGCUGCGCUGCCCCGACGUGGGAGGAAACGAGCAGUCGCAGUACAGGCGUCUGGCCAAGUCCACCCUCCUGCUGAUCCCUCUGUUCGGAAUCAACUACGUGCUGUUCGUCUACCUGAUGGAGCCGGCCGACACCAACUUGAGGCACGUGAAGAUCUUCUUCGAGCUCGCCCUCUCGUCCUUCCAGGGUUUUAUUGUGGCGGUCCUCUACUGUUUCCUCAACAGCGAGGUCCAGACAGAGCUGCGGAGGACGUGGAGGAGCUUGUGCCUGCGGCGCUACCUGGGGCGGGACUACCGGACGCACGCCAUGUCCGUCAGCCGCAACGGCAACGACAGCUCCGCCCACUCUGCCAGGAGCUCCCGGGCCGUCCCGCAGACGGAGACCAGCGUGCUCUGACCGCAGAGGCCCGUUGUCAUGGAGACGCUCAGACGUUUCUGAGAAGAUUCAUUUAAUGAAUUUACUUCAAAGACCCCACGACUGAUGACCUCAUGAUGUCAUGACCGUCUUCACCACAAAGACGCCUUAAAGAAUGUACAGAAUGUUGUGCUGAACAACCCAACUCAUAUUUUUUGAAUUUUUUAUUUUAUUUUCGUAACGGCGGUCCAAGAAGCAGAAUAUUUCAUGUGAGAUGAAUCUGAGGACCAGUGUGGAUUAAACGGCGACAUCUGGUGGUGUGUUUGCAGAUGGUCGGCUAAUAAUAAUAAUAAUAAUAAUAAUAAUAUCUAUAUUCUAAUGAUAGUAUCUUAAACUAAAGAGCUUCAUCGCUGAGGGAAACGUCUCUGUGACCAGUGCAGCAUGAAACACUCUGGUCAUGUUUCUUCUGUGAGGUGUUGUGAUGAUGAGAUGAAGCUCGCUGUCACUUCACCUCCAACCACACGCCUGAUGCAUCAUGGGUAGAACAUCCAAUUCUUCACAGCUUCUGGUUUGUUUUUAAAAAAGGACUCGGGUAUAAUGCAGGUAAAAAGAUCAACGCCGGAUGCAGAAUCUCAUGUGAACUUUUAUUUACUUUUCAAAUAAAUAAAUGCAUUUUCUUCGUUGUAUUCAUUAAGUCGUACACAGUCACUUAAAUAAGCUGGGUAUUAAUAAAUACAUGGAUACUCCUUUCAGCACUGCUCUAUUAAAUUAAACUAAUAAAUAAUUUCACUCGUAGAAAUAAACUAAAUACAAAUAA